CAAGGUUACUGCGCAUCUAGCAACCUGCACGUUUGAAAUCCGACAAAACAUCUCGUUUCUCUCCGAAAAAGCAGACGAUUUUUAGUAUUUUAGAGUAUUCAGUUGAAUUUAACCAAGACAAUGACUUCAUACAGGCCUGCCGAUUCCAAGAGGGAAGAGUUCCGAAAAUAUCUUGAGAAAGUAGGAGUUUUGGAUGCUCUGACAAAAGUGCUGGUUGGUCUAUACGAGGAACCAGAAAAACCAAACAAUGCCUUGGACUUCUUACGACAACAUCUGGGUGCUAGUGGUCCAGAAACAGCUGAUGUAGAAGCCCUCCGCCUUGAAGUCUCUGAACUCAAACAAAAACUAGAACAGUUGACAGAAGAGAACACAGAACUCAAGGGAAAGCUUCAACAGUACGAGCCACAGGCAGAUGAACAAGCUGCGGCAGAAUAGAGCAAUGGAUCAUAUAAGUUUUUCCUGUGACCAUGACGAGACUGUAUGUGGUUAACAUUGACAUCGCCCAGGAAUUCUCUCCAUCGAUUUUCAUCCUCUUUCACCUCUGGGCGGUGGCAAGAUUACCUUUGGGUGUACUAAGUAUGGAAAGUGAAGUCAUGUUUAGUUUCAAGGAUGUAACAGCCUUCACAGGAUAAUAUUGGAGUAUAAAACCAAGACCAAAUUACACUCUAUCAGGACUGACUGAUCGGUUGUCGGUUGUCCUUGCUAAUGCAUUGAAGCGCUGUUGUGACUGUCGGGCACUUUCAUUCAUUAAUCUAAAUUUAAUUCUCUGUAUUGUCCGAGCUAUUCCAUGUUCAAUUUAUGUUGUAUUAUUUUGUAUGAUAUGUUUAUAGUUCCCUAUAAUUUAUUCAUCUGUAAAUUUUUAGUUACAAUCUGGUUUACCUUUAGAAAGGGUAAUGUUUUAACUUUGGUCUUAUUGCUUGGCAAGUUAUUUCUUAAAAUCCACUUCGAACUUGGGAACAUGUUUUCAAACACUGGUACGAGAACAGUAUUUUUGCUCAGAUACUGAACUAGUCAUUCAAACAUCAUACAGUGCACAAACCUAAAAACAACACCUAAAACAGUAAGUUCUUACUGUAAUAGCGCCUUUUAUUUCAUUUCGAUUUGGUUGAGUUUAUAAACUUUGGUUUCAUUUCAUUUUGUUCACUCAUGAAGUGCCAGUCUAUGUCCGGCUUUAAUAAAUCUGCAUUGUACUCUGAGAUUAGGUAGCAUUUAGUGUUGCUAAGUUUGUUAACUUGGCUUCCUGAAUGUUGAACUCAACAACUUUUAACACACCUGCCACUGUGCAUCUGCUGAAUUGUAAAUGAUCAUACUGUUGAACAAAUGGUUGGUAGCAGUUUUCAGACAAAAACCUUGUUGUCAUAACUUUGUUUCCUGGGCUCUAAGUAGAACGCACUCAAAGAGGCAAGUGUUCAUUCGUUCUUCUGGUCACCGAGAAUUUACUAGGCAUUUGUAUAUGGCAGUUGCUUGAAAUGUAAUCCAGUUUGUAAGAAUUGUAUUAUAAGCAGGAGAAUAAAGGUUACAUCAGACACCAGUAGUCAUAGAGAAAGUUAACUAUUUAAGUGGCAAAAUGUACAGAAAAAUGUCAGGAAAUAUUCAUAUACAUAAUGUCAGAGUUGAAACAUUUAAAACAAAGUAUUUUUAGGAUGAUUUAUAGGAUCAAUGAUUGGUGGUCUUCAUUCAAAGUCCAUGCUACGUCCACUGCAUAGCUACCUCACCAGUUAGAGGAUACCUGCAAAUGACACAAUUAAAUUUGCUCUGGUAGUUCUACAUGGAGGAUGCUGAAACUAAUGAGUGGACAACAUUUUCAUAUGUACAUGUAAGAAGAAUAAGUCACGUUACUUUUUAAAAGCCCGUGUUGAUGUUCCCAGAAUUUUCAUUAAUGAUGAAGAGAAUUCAAUAAAACCUUCAUAUCACAUUUGUUAAA